AUGCUGCAGCAGGUGGCCACCGCGACAUCAACACCGCAACCAAACGCAGUAACCACACCGGAUUGGAACCUGCUGACCCCUGAAGUGGCAGACAACCGACAUGGCCGUGCUUGCACCCCUUCCUCCGCUCGCACGCCCUCGUCACAUUCUGGCGAUGAACACGGCAUCCUUUCCCCUACGCCCAAGGCUCAGGCCGAUCUUGAAAAGGGCACUGCGACCUUUGCGUCAUGGAUGGACGUGGUUCCACCCUACAAGCAGGAGGCGCCAAAGACCCCACCCCACGUGAUCCUGCACUACGUGGCCUUCAAGACCGCCUGGGAUUGGAUGAUCCUCUUUCUCACUGGCUACACUGCUGUAAUGGUCCCAUUUAACGCGGCCUUUCGCAGCAAAACCAUCGAUGAUGUCAUCUUCCUCGUCAUUGACAGCAUCGUCGACGUCAUCUUCUUCAUCGAUAUUGUACUGAACUUCCAUACGACAUUCGUAGGACCUCAGGGGGAGGUGAUUUCCGACGCCACUGUUAUUCGCAUCAACUACCUCAAGGGUUGGUUCAUUGUCGAUCUCCUCUCCUGUCUCCCCUACGAUGUCUUCAAUGCCUUUCAGCCGGAAGCAACUCAGAGCACCAUAAGCUCUCUGUUUAGUGCAUUGAAAGUGGUUCGUCUGCUGCGAAUCGGCCGAGUGACGCGAAAAUUGGACCAGUACCUCGAGUACAUGGCGGCCAGUCUUUUCCUCAUGAUAUUCGGCUUCGUACUCCUGGCUCACUGGCUUGCCUGCAUUUGGUACAGUAUCGGCAUGUCCGAUCUGGAGAACUUCAUUCACUACGGCUGGAUCCCCCGUCUCUCCAGUGAUAUUGGCCUUACUAGUAAAAAUUACAGUCUUUUCGACGCCAAGGGAAUGUACGCAGCUCGCUCAAGGUACCACGACAUGAUGGGAUCGGUGAAGGACUUCGUGAAGACACACAAUGUACCCCAGGACCUAGCAGAACGGGUCAUCGACUACGUCACGUCCACAUGGGCCAUCACAAAAGGCAUCGACACUGCUAAGGUGCUCAACUACUGCCCAAAGGACAUGAAGGCGGAUUUAUGCAUUCACCUGAACCGGAUGGUCUUCAAUGAACACCCAGCCUUUCGUCUCGCCUCGGACGGAUGUCUGCGAUCAUUGGCAGUCAAUUUCAACACCCUUCACACCGCUCCCGGUGAUUUAAUUUUCCACCAGGGCGAAAGCAUCGACCAACUCUGCUUCGUUGUCACAGGAUCUCUGGAGGUCAUUCAGGAUGACGAAAUCGUUGCUAUUCUCGGUCGGGGAGAUGUCUUUGGAGAGCCGUUUUGGAAGGAUCCCAAUAGAAUGAGUCACUCCUCGGCCACGGUUCGCGCCCUUACUUACUGCGAUCUGCAUUACAUUAAAAAGGACCGCCUUCUGCAUGUUCUUGACUUCUACACGGCUUUUGCGAACAGCUUCGCCCGAAACCUAGUCCUUUCGUAUGAUCUGAAGACACGAUUGAUAUUUCGGAAACUGGAGGAUGUCCGGAGGGAGCGUGAACUGGCAGAGCACAGGACCAAUGAGAACUAUCUCUCCGAACUGACAGCAGACCAUCCUGUGAGGCGGAUGAUCCACCGUUUCCGCAAAAUCGGCACUGCCAACGCGAAUGCGGCGGCAGUGGCGGCUGCUACCUCCACUGUUGGAGGCAGCAGAUGUAGCGGAGAAGGAGGCGAUGGGAGUGGAGGAAGUGAAGAACGCUCUAGCCUCGUUCCCGGUGUUGUGGUUGCUCCACAAAGGAGAAAAUCCAUGGGAGGCCUCGAAUCCGCCGAUUCGGCACCCGAACCCACUCCCGCUAAUCCCACCAGUGUGUGGGCUCGUCUGAGGACUGGUGGUAGCGCAGCAAGCAAUGGAGGAGACGGUGGUGGUGGAGUAGGUGAGAAAAGUAAGGCGUCUGGUGAAACCCAGUCGGAGAAUCUAACUCACGUCAAUCCACCAACGGUGACGAAUAAACCAUCGUUGUCAACUACAGGUCUGAAAAUGAAGCGCACCCUUCAGUCACAAACCAUUGUUGAGGAAGAUGAAUCUGCUUCAGGGAAGGCAACUAAAGCUGAGGCAUUUUCUCCUUUGUUUGAAAAGGAAAUGCAAUCCGUGCUGGACGCAAUCAGCUCAUUGCGGUCGUCGGUGAUUGACGAAAUAACGGCGGUGAAUAGGCGGAUAGAUAUGAUUGAUGACCAUUUAUUGAAGCUCUACGAGGCCAUUGGAAAGGUAGUAGAGAACCAGAAGAUACGAAAUCGUCAGCCUAGUGAGUCAGACGGAACUGAGUCAGUUUCCAGCAUCCUCCGACUCUUUCGCAAAGGUAGUCCUCCUACUAAGGAGCGCGUAUUGCGAAAAACGUACCCCAACUUCGUUGAAAUGCAGCACCUUCCUUCUUCCCAUAGUAGGCGCUCGGCUGUAGCAUUAGGAAUUUCAAAGAAGGGUAGAGGAGUCAAGUCCUCGAAAGUUGGCCCCACGGCGACUGAGACAGAACUGAUUCAGACACAAGUGGACAACCCUUUGGUAUUUUAUGACAGAUGUGCUGACGAUAGGACCUUGGAGUAUCUUCCAACUUCGAAAACCAACCAUUCCGCACUUCGAUCCCCCUCGUAUAAGGGAGGUCUUUUCACCAGUCGAUCGCCAGUCCCAUCCAGAGGUUACGAAAUGCUCCUUGGCUCAGGAGACGGUCUCUCCUCACUUAGCACGCUAGGCGGUGACGACCAAGAAGAGGAGAUGCCUUUUCAGACGCGGGCACAGUCAACACCCGCCCCCUUACAACCACAACCGCUUCUGUCACAGCCACCGCCAUUGCGGCGUUCCAACGGUAGCAAAUCUCUCCACACACAAGAGUCUUCUUCGCGGAACAGUGACUCCAAACGUGAUACUGUGGUUCGCAGCUCUUCAAGCAAGGCUACCGGUACGGAGUAUGGGAAGAUAUCUCUGCUUUAA